AAAAGGAGAUAACAAUUGUUCUUUCUCCAUAUAUAUAUAUAUAAUUUCCGGCCAAACAAAACAAAAAAGAAAAGUUGAAAACAAACCCUGUAAAGGUAGAAAAUAGAAGGACAGUGAUCGGUAACGUGAUAUAGGAUGACUGGUGGCAAUUCUAGAGCCGACAGCUCGAGUGAAUCACGAUGUCGAACUGACGGGCGUUCCGCUCUUCCACGAAGACGCGCUACAAAGGUGUUGUAUUCAGAGUCUGGAGGAUUCGAGACAGAUCUGGCUCUUGCAGUGCAGGAGAGUCUGAGGUACGCGCGACAGGCAGAACGCGAGGCUAAGGCAAUGGAGGAGGGUGAAUUGACUGUAUCAAACCACGUGGAAGAGGAGAAUAGUCUUGUCUCGGCCAAGUUUACGGAAACGCCGACUGAGGAAUGCGUCAUGCAGAGCUGCGAGCAUCUGAAGGAAUUGCUGUUGAUAAAUUUGGACCUUGUCCAGCACCAGCAGGAGAUGCUGACUGAGAGGGACAAAGAGAUCCGCGCCCUGAAAUCUGAUAACAACAUGUUGAAAUGUCGAUUGGAAAGGAUGGAAAGAAGGAUGGCCAUGUUGAAACAAAAGGAAGACUCAGAUUUCAUCAUGGGAACCUCCCCCAGGAGCCCAGCCAACAGGGGGAAAACUGACACAGAAAAUUCUACUCCCUCUGAGAGAGGUGUUAAAAGGAAAGGCAAUAUUGAAGCAGACAGUAUCUCUAAAAGACUGGUCCUGGCAGAUGAAAAUGACACACCGAGUACCUCAUCCAAAUCUCAUCCCAGACACAGGAAAAAAACAGGCCAGUCCUCAUCACAUGAUGGCGUCACAGCUUCCCCCACCCAUGUCACGCGUCAAAAGACUGUUCAAAUCCAGGAGGCGGUCCAGCCACCAACGCCCAGGCAAAAGUCCUGGACACUUCCAUCGGACAAUAGUGUCCACCACAAACGUAGACUUUUACCUGUCCUCAAAGACCAGAAAAGUGACAAUGUUUUAAGAACCAGUGAACCCUACUUUGUUUCUCAUUUUGAGCCAAUGGAUGAAGAUCUGAGCUAUAGAAAGGAUGUUGUACAAACAGACAGUACACAGUUAGAGGUAAAACUUCCCAGUUGGAGGCCUCGUAAAUAUCCCAGUUUGUGGGUGCUGGAGGGAACAGAGAAUUUAGAAGAUGAGGUAUUUGUAAAAAGACACCAGAAACUGGAAGUGGAAGAAAAGAGGAGAAAAAGGUGGGACCUACAAAGAAUCCGAGAACAGAAAAUAUACGACAAAUUAAAGGAGAAAGAGAGAACGGCUGAGAACUUGAAGAAGGGAGAGAAUCAGCAUGUAGACACCUUUUAUCAUACUCUGGAAGACAUUACUCAUAUAGAAGUCUGCAACAAAAUUCCUGUGAUGGCCUUCGGGCAUGCUCUGCCGAAUUUGAAAUCUAGUGAUUUUGACCUUCCAUGGGAGGUGGAUUCCAGUAAAGCAGAUAGCACAAGGUCACGACAUGGACGCUCUAGAUGAUCAAUGAAAAGGCUUCCUUGUCUGUCCAUCUGUACCACACAGCCAGUAUUGUGUUCAGUAGUUUACCGUAAUGGUUACGUUUUACUGUUUACCAGAAAAUUUCACCCAGGACAAAAAAAAGUUUCUUCCAGUUUUAAUUUUGUCCAAGUUUUUUUUAUUGUGACUUAAGGGUAACAAGUAAAUUCAAACUCACUCAGUUUUUAAUUUACCCAGUCACUGUUGAGAAGAAAAUAAAACCUGGGCAGAAAUUUUAAUGUACACAGUAAUCACAAUUAGUCUUGGGGCAAGUACCUGAUGCAUCUAGCUAAGCACCUGAUGUUCCAAAUUAUGUGUUCUUGCUUAGUAAGGUUAUUGCUUUAAAUAUAUUUAUUGAUAUCCGUUCUGUACUGUUUAAAUUCAGAUAAAAAUAAAUCAAUCAACAACUUGAACGAAUGCUGAAAUUUUAGUGCUAUUAAAUAAGGUUUAUAUUUUUUGUUUCAUAUGUUGGAAACAUUACUUUGAAGUUGUAAAUUGCUGUUUAUAAAUUUGCAUUGUUGUUAGUCUUGUUUAAUCUUGCAAUUUGUACUGCGAAGAAAACCCACUGAUUCCUUCCCUUUGUGGGGAGAGAGCAAAGCAUUCAAGAAUUUUAUGCCACUGAAUGGUUUAGUCUGUGACUUUUCAAGGUUUUGUGUAGUGAGAUUAUGAAAGCAUUUUUCUAUUGUCGCAAUGGAGCAGAAUAACGCCCACAGACUAUUUAUUAAUAGAGAUACUGUUAUGUUGAAUACAUGUGUAAGUUAUAAAUAGAAGUUUUUUGGGGUUUUUUUGUAGGCCAUUACUUUCUGAUUUUUUAAAAUAUAAAUCUUUGUGUGAUACUCUUGUAAUACAUGUGCAAGUCUUUGUGGUGAUAUAGUUAUAUGUAAUUGUAAUGUGAAAGUAGAGAGUAUAGUUUGUAAUAGUAAAGUGAAAGUAUGGGAUAUAUAGUUGUAAUAGUAAAGGUGAAAGUAGAGGUAUAGCUGUAACUGUUUUCUGUGGACAGUCUAAAAUGCAUGACUUUCCUGGUUUACUUUCAUAAUUAUCUAAGAAUAUUGAAAUACUAGAAACUCUGGUGAGACACGUGUACAAUAUCGUGAUAUAUUCGUAAUGGUGUGGUGAUGAUAUUGUCGUUUUAAGGUGUUGGCAUGGUGAUAUUGUCAUAUUAAGGUUUUGGCACUGGAUCAAUUAAAACCAGUUCUUGUAAGGCUAGAAACAUCAAAUAAUACCAGUAUUUCACAAACCAAUUGUUUUUCAAGGUCAAGGUCAAAUUUCCAUUAGUAGUUUUAAAGACACCCCCUCCCUCCCUCCUCCCCAAGAAAAAGAAAAAAGAUAGAAACUAGUAAUAAGGCUAGCAUAAUGAAACUUGAUACACAUGUUCAACCUUCAUAGACAGUAUGUGUUAUGGUAUGAUGCUGUGUGGCCGUCUGUUCAUCCAUCAGCAGGAAAGAUAAAAUGAGUACUAAUAGGUUAGGAUAAUCAUGCUUGGUACCUUCAUAGUAGAGGAAGAUGCCUGUCAUUUCUCAAGGUCAAAUAUCAAGGUGAUAAUUUCCUGGGUAAUCACUUAUGGAAAAAACGGUACUAAUAAGGCUAGGGGUCAGAAAAAUUGGUGUACAUGAACCCCACGUUCUCUGAGCCAAGUAUAUUUUAUUUGUUUUAUGUUCCUUUGAGAAUUUUUCACUCAUAUGGAAAUUGAGAAUUUUUCACUCAGUUGGAAACUCGGAAGUACCACACAUUUAGACCCUUACUCCCUUAAUGCUCUCAGGGUCUUAGUAGUGAGGGUUCCUUCAUUAGAAAAGUGUUGUUGCUUUCUCAAGUUAUACUGUGUUAGCUUUAGAGUGAAUUUGAUGUUUAACAAAGACUGCUUAUAACUAACAUUAUUGCACUUUGAUAUUAGAGGAAGUACUUCAGAAUGAACACUGUUAAAACCAUGGUUUUUGUGUAUGUUAAAUUUUCUUUGUUAUUACUGCAUUUUUAUAUUUGGGCAAACUGUUUUCUUUUCGCCCAGUCUUGUUAGAUGGGAGGGGGGUAUCGCAGAGAUUACGUUUUUAAAAGAUUUGAUUUUUUCACUCUGCGUAUAAAAUUGGGUUUGCAUUGUGGUUGUCUGUUCAUCUUUUGCUUUAGAUAUACAUGUAUAUAUAAUCUUUGUCGGGGCGUCUGAAAUAUACGAGAGAAUUGGUCAUAACUGAAAGUUCCAUGUUGUAUCAAGGUCAUACCACAAAGCAUCAGUGUCAUGUAGGAGGUGAAAGGUCAAAUAAGAAAUAAGCUUAUUCCAGGAGGGCUCUGUUUCAUCAACACAUCUUGUUUUAUUUGUUAAGUGUACAUUUUGUUGUUACGGAUACAUGCAAGUGGUGUUGAAUGUGAAUCUGUUUCUUCAAAUAAAUGCUUUUUAUAAAUGUU